UUGAUUCCAAUAGUUUCAGUCAGCUAAACCCUAACCAACAACUAGCAUAGUGGGUAACUGAUCAUGGUGAAUCUCAGCCGUCAAUUGGCCGCCGGGGCUCCUACAUUCGUCCGGAGGCUCUCUACGGAGGUGAAAGCCGCGGCAGCUCCCCUACAGGAAGACCGUCUGUAUCGGAGAUUAUCUGCUUUGGGGCGCAACCCUGGAAUGGUGGCACGCACCAUAAAUGACUACAUACGCGAGGGAAGAACCAUCAGAAAAGUUGAGCUCGAGAGGUGUAUCAACGAACUCCGCAAAUAUAAACGAUAUCGCGACGCUCUCGAGAUAAUGGAGUGGAUGGAGCUUCGGAAGUUUAACUUCAAUCACAGUAAUUAUGCAAUUCGUUUGGAUCUGACUGCAAAAGCGAAGGGGAUAGCUGCAGCUGAAGAUUACUUCAAUAGCCUAUCUCCAAGUAAUGUGGUCCAUUGCGUUUAUGGCUCGCUUCUAAACUGCUAUUGUAACGAGAAGAUGGCUGAUAAGGCAUUAGAUAUUUUUGCUAAGAUGGUUGAACAGAGAAUGGUUCUCAAAUCAUUACCUUUCAACAAUCUUAUGUCCAUGUAUUGUAGAUUGGGGCAAUAUGAGAAGGUGCUCAUCUUGGGAGAGGAAAUGAAGAAGGGGAAUGUCCAACCAGACACGUGUACUUACAACUUAUUGAUGAACAGCCAUGCAAAUCUGAAUGAUAUUGAAGGAGCAGAAAGAGUUUUUGAAGAGAUGAAAUUGGAAAAUGAGAAGCAAUGUAAUUGGACAUCAUAUAGUAACUUGGCGAAUAUCUACAUCAAGGCUGGAUAUCAAGAAAAAGCUAAGUUGGCUCUGAUAAAUGUAGAGAAGGAAAUGGAUUCACAUGAUCGUGAGGCAUACCAUUUCUUGAUCAGCUUGUAUGCUGGGGUAUCUGAUCUUGAUUCUGUUCACCGUGUUUGGAAGACCUUGAAGUCAACAUUGGCCGUCACAACGAACAGAAGUUAUCUAGUCGUGCUUCAGGCUCUUGGUAAUCUGGGCGACAUCGAAGGGAUGACAAAAUGCUACAAGGAAUGGGAGGCCGUGUGCUCCAGCUACGAUCUGAAGUUGGCUGUUGCAGUUAUCCGCGCUUAUUUAAGGCAUGACAUGGGCGAGGAAGCUGAGGCGGUUCUUGAAGUCGCGAUGCGUAGAUCAGAAGGGCCUUUCGUCUAUGCCUGGGAGCAGUUUAUGAUCUUCUAUUUGAACAAGAAUCAGAUUAGACCAGCUUUGCAGCACAUGGAAACGGCUACAUCCAUAGCUCACGAGAAUAAGUGGCAACCUAGAUCUGAAACCAUAGACAAAUUCUUGAACUAUUUCAAGCAAGAGAGAGAUGUAAGUCUUGCCGAGGAGUUCUACCAUUUGAUGAAAAGGGUAAACUGUGUGGACGGCCGUCUGUACGAGUCGUUAAUUGAGACAUAUAAAGCUUCUGGAGAAACCUUGCUCGAUAUGCGUGCGAGGAUGGAAGCAGAUGGGGUUGAAUUAAGCAGUGAUAUCGAGCAGUUGCUAGCAAGUCCGUGAUGCAAAUAAUAAUGCAGCAAGUUUGUGGUUGGGAGGUCAAGCAGGUGUAAAAGCCUCUCAAAUUUUUCUUCUGAUUUCCAGUUUUACAGACACAUUUGAUGAGAAAAUUUUGACUGUCUAUUGAUCAUCAGUAGUAGAAUUUGAUUUCUCUUCUUGA